AUGCAUGCUAUAGGCACAUCAUUUCAGGAGGCAUCAGCUAAUGCCUUGUCAGGUCUGGCCAGGUCCAAAGAAAAGGAAUUGAGGGUUUGCAUCGUUUUUCGAUCUAACUGGAAGCUGUUUUAUCACUUGUCUUUUGAGAAGCGCUCCCUUUCCCGCACAGGCAUUGCUGCCGCCUCUCAAGCUUGGUACAAGAGUCUCCGCGCCAAGCCAGGUCGCUUCGGGCAGUUCGUGCUUCCGCGGCUCGGCGCUCGGAUGGCCGUGUCCCCUUCGUUUCUUUCGUGCGUGUCGCUGGAAAAAAAGUUUGUUCUAAGCCCGUGGCAUUUCCGCGCGCACAAGGAAAGGCAAGUGGGAGAGGAAGGUGCAGGACUGAGGGCCGGGAGUGGAGGGUGCAGCGCCCGCCGGUGCCGACGGCUUCCGCCCAGAGCCUUUCGCGCCGCGCUGUACCCGGCUGGUGGCGCCGGGGAAACGCUCUCAGCCCUGCGGCUCCGGCGGGCAGGCUCUGCGCGGGGCCCCGCCGAGCCUCCAGGGAGCCUUUCCCGCGGCCGAGGGGCGUCUAGGGACGCAGAACUGAGAGUGGGCGCAGAAACGGGGGUCGGCGCUGGAGUCCGACGGGGAGGCCCAGGGCGGUCCGGCUGGUUGGUGGAGGGGGUUGUGCACCUCGAAGCCUGCGGGCUAAGGCGGGGAGCCGCUCCUGCGGCGGCCGGGGGCGCGGGCUGGAGGGAGGAAAGCGCCGCGGACCGGGGAACCGGGGGGACGGGGAGGCGAGGGCGGCGGGUAGCCGCCGAGUGGUCUGCAGCUCCGAACCCCGCCACCCUCCGGGCGGACGGAAUGGCACCGCGGGGACGGGCGAAAGCGCAUUUGAUUGGAUCCAAAGUAGAGCCCGGAUCGGAAGGCGAGACCAUAUGCGACGGUGGCCACGCGGGCUGGGAGCCCCGGGGCGGGAGGGGCAAGCUAACCGGAGCCCAGUGAUUCCCGCUGCACCGAUGGCUGAGUGUGUCAGGGAGCUAGGAACCGAACUUGAAGAACGUUCGACGCGUCUGGGAACCGGCCACUGCCAUUUAGUAGUACGUUGCGGUCCGGCGCGCACACCGGGCCCUAAAUCUCUGCAGGUUCCAGCGCUGAAGCGGGUGGAGAAGGUGAACAAGUGCUGUGACCCCAAGUCCUAAAAAUGAGGAAAUGGAACCAAAAUGAAAGGACCUAUCCAAGGCCACACAUUCAUUCCAGGAAGGGUCAGAACUAGAAUCACUGAGUUCUACUCAUGAAUUAGAGAGUCCAGCCCCGUCUCCAGGACAGCUUGCAUUGAAUCAUUACAGUAAGGCUCAGUGGUGUUCAAGAAACUGACACCCAUCACUACAGAUCAUCAUUUGAGCUAUUCCACUGAAGUCAAGCAUGAAAUCCAUUUAGCUGGAUAGCUACCCAUUUCCUGUGACCUGCAAAAGAGAUGCCCUAUUUUUUCAGAAUCCUUUGAAUGCCACAUGCCAAGGCCCACCAGAAAACUGGGAAGGAAAACAGGAGCCACAGGCCUGGGCCCACUGAAAUUCACCACUCUUUAGAGUGGAUUUCAGCACCACCCAACCCAGAUGCGUGGCUGCUAGUUUAUCAGCGUAGGUCAGUGAAUGGUUUUAAGUUGUUGUGGGUUCAAGAGGAUCUCUUAGUUGACAGGCAUUUUUGAAUCUUUUUUCUGCCUGGGACCCUCUUGCAGUUUUGUACAAUGUACAGACUGUUUCUCAGAAUGUUUUUAAAUGCGUAAAUUAUAUUGAAAUUGACCGGGAGCAGUGGCCUAUGCCUGUAAUCUCAGCACUUUGGGAGGCUGAGGCAGGCGGAUUACCUGAGGUCAGGAG